AUGCCGUUCACCAAGACGCAGAAGAGCAACGCCUACUUCAGCAGGUACCAGGUCAAGUACAAGCGCCGCAGGGAGGGAAAGACCGACUACUAUGCCCGCAAGCGCUUGAUCACCCAGGCCAAGAACAAGUACAAUGCGCCCAAGUACCGCCUCGUCGUCCGCUUCACCAACCGUGACAUUGUCGCUCAGAUCAUCUCCUCUGAGUUGACCGGUGACAAGGUCUUCUGCGCUGCCUACGCCCACGAGCUCAAGGCCUACGGCAUUGAGCACGGUCUCACCAACUGGGCUGCUGCCUACGCCACUGGAUUGCUCUUGGCCCGCCGCACUCUCAAGAAGCUCGAGCUCGACGAGGACUUCGAGGGUGUUGAGGAGGCCGACGGCGAGUUCAGCCUCACCGAGGCCGUCGAGAUUGACGGCGAGCAGCGCCGUCCCUUCAAGGUCUUCCUCGACGUUGGUCUCGUCCGUACCUCCACUGGUGCCCGUGUCUUCGGUGCCCUCAAGGGUGCUUCCGACGGUGGUCUCUACGUUCCCCACUCCGAGAACCGCUUCCCCGGUUACGACAUCGAGACCAAGGAACUCGAUGCCGAGACCCUCCGCAGGUACAUCUUCGCCGGACACGUCGCUGAGUACAUGGAGACUCUCGCCGAUGACGACGAGGAGCGCUACAAGUCCCAGUUCCAGGGUUACAUCGACGACGAUGUUGAGGCUGAUGGUCUUGAGGAGCUCUACGCCGAGGCCCACAAGCAGAUCCGCGAGGACCCCAACAAGAAGGUCGAGUCUGACGCUCCCCAGAAGACCAAGGAGGAGUGGAAGAAGGAGUCUCUCAAGUACAAGAGCCAGAAGUUGUCCAAGGCCGAGAAGGAGGAGCGCGUCAGGGCCAAGAUCGAGGAGCUCAAGGCUUAA